AGGACUCUGUGUGAAAAAGGGGCGACCGGGUGGCGAAGCAUCGUGGUGGGCUGCGUCGUUCUCAUCCUUUACUCGUCCACUUCACCCACGACGGUCUCCGGUCUCUGGUCCGCUUCGACGCGAUGCAGCGCUAUUUCUGCACCUGCGUCAGAGGGCGAGUAGCGUCAUGACGUCGUUCGUAUCAUUACUUUUGCCAGUGAUCGGGUGCCCUGGACCCCCUUCGUCUCCCCUCGUCCCUCUCUCUUCUUUGCUUCGCCACUGUAUUGCCCUCAAUCGGGCUGCCCCUUGCCUGUCUUGGCGGAGCCCUGGCGUUGUUGCUCGCUGGCCUGCCUGCUCCUUGUUUCACAUCGACUUUUUCCUUGCCCUACAUUGGGGAAGAGGGUUUACUCAGGAUGAUGAACACGUAGCGCUGACGUUUCUCAUCACUUUCGCAGCAUUACGGACGCACAUACAUAAUAGUAGUCAGACGCAAAGCAAGACGAGGCGAGAGCUGCGGGCGAAGAACCCUGACGAACUAUCGGCGAUAGCCAGCGAAGGAAAGAGAUAUUCGACAACGCCAAUUUCGGGUUGCGCUCCCUCCUCUCCCUUGUCCUCCUCGACAGCGGACUGCCUCGCCUCUCACUGAUCGCGUAUCAAGGCCCCUUUUGACCAACCGGAGCCGAUACUUGGGCGUCGACCGACGAGAGGGCGGCCUUUUCUAGCGCUUUCGUAGACUCACGCAAAGAGGUGGCGGACCCCUAGACGGUCUCAUCGUCUGAGUGCGGACCC